AAACCAGUACUUCAAAUUGUGUUUGUGUAAUUAAUGCAAAACAAAACUUGGUUACUGUCAUAAAUCACAUUCAUUCAUUUAUACUCAUUUUUCCUCCUUCUCUCUAACUAAGUGGCAUGGGCAUCAUUGGUUUUUCAAUUUUAUUUAUAUUCUCUCUCUUUUUUAAUAUUCCAACUUCUUCUGGGUUUUCUUUUCUCUCUAUUUUCUUUCUUUUCUAAUACUAAAAUGAUUUCUGAAGAAAAUCAUAAACCUGUCACUGAUCAUGAGGAUCAUGAUGCUUCCUCUUGCAGAACAACAGCUUCUCUUCCUGUUGCUUACAAGGAUAACGAUGAUUCCACGGGGAUAACUGAAGAAAUCACGCAUGUUCCUCCCCGGAGGAAACAGAAUCUUCUCUUGGAAAUACCGUCAAGAACACCAGAAGAGUGUUCACAAGAUUAUGUUGCUAUCAAGAUGCCAAUGACGCCGAGUCCUACUCCAACUCCGACUCCCAAGAGAGUGAAUUUUCUGAUGACUUCUCGGUCGGUCGAUGCUCCAACAAAUAAUUCUCCUGGAUCUGCAACAUCAAAAGGUAAAUCAUCGUUAAGAAACAUCCUACCAAAAUUGAGCUUCAGGAAUAGGACACUGACAGAUAUUGAAAAGGCGAACGCAUCAACUCUGGAGGUUUCCUCUUCAGGCCCUCGAGAAAAGCCUUUGAUCUCAAGAUCAUUGUCACUUAGUAAAAUAUUUACGCCUAGGAUGAAAAGAACUUCAUCGUUGCCAUUAGAAGAGAUUGGACAUUCAAAUACAGAAUCCACUCAUGGUGGAAAUGGAAGUGUUGGUGGUCCUCUGAGUAAAAGAGAAACUCGACUUAAGAUAGCACGCUCUCUUUCAAUGCCGGCUAACAACAAGAAGGACAAAAGCCUAAGGAGGAUGGAUUCGUUUUUUCGCGUCGUUUCUUCUACUCCUCGAGUAAAGGAAGGAAAUGAAUUGUUGAGCACGUCUCCGACAAAGGAUACUGAAAUCGAAGACGCUGAUGAUGGCGAAGAUAUAGCUGAAGAAGAGGCAGUGUGUAGAAUUUGUCUGAUUGAAUUAUGCGAAGGAGGCGAGACAUUCAAGUUGGAAUGUAGCUGCAAAGGUGAACUUGCUUUGGCUCACCAAGAAUGUGCUAUUAAAUGGUUUAGUAUAAAGGGUAAUAGAACUUGUGAUGUCUGCAAAGAGGAUGUUAGAAACCUUCCUGUCACUCUAUUACGGAUUCAAAGUGUUCGAAAUCGAAUUACUGGAGCAAGUAGAUCUCAGCUCGAAGAUGUAAACGGGAUUUGGCAGGAAGUUCCGGUGCUUGUCAUUGUUAGCAUGUUGGCAUAUUUUUGUUUUCUUGAGCAACUGUUGGUUACAAAAAUGGGAACCGGUGCAAUUGCCAUAUCUCUUCCAUUUUCCUGUGUACUAGGCCUGCUCUCCUCCAUGACAUCAUCUACCAUGGUGAAAAGCAGGUUCAUAUGGAUUUAUGCAUCUUUCCAGUUUGCUCUUGUGGUUCUCUUCGCGCAUAUAUUUUACUCCUUGGUUCAUGUGCAAGCAGUUCUAUCAAUCCUUCUUGCAACAUUUGCUGGUUUUGGUGUGGUAAUGAGUGUAAGCUCUUUCCUUGUUGAGCUUUUUAGAUGGAGAAGGAGACGGCAGGCUUCAUCAGAGCAACAACAUGGCCCUCUACCGAUGACACAAGCGGUACAACAACCUCGGCCUUCAAACACGCCACGAUCGGGUGAAUCCAACCACAAUCAAUCUAUAGUGCAAAAUCAACAAGACUCAAAUCAAAGUUGAAUUGAUAUUUGUGUGCUUCUUUGUCAUGACAAAGCUAGUGGCUGCAGAACUUAUUGUUUAUAGAGUAGGGAAGUUAAACUUCUGUUACUAAUUUACCACACGUCUACAUGAGACUACAUUGUACAGUUUAUGAAUAUAGUGUUUCUUGCUAUGGAAUUUCUGUUUGUUUAUUUGUAUUGAUGAAUUUUCACCAUAUCAAAACUAGAAGGGUUUUGGCCUUCUUUUUUUGUAGCCUUGGUGAAACAAUGAUUUUGGUUUUGGUUUUGGUCAAACUGAGAGACAAUGAUUGAUGAAA